AUGCCGACCAACACCGAAGAAGGUUUUGCUACAAAAGCUAUUCAUGCUGGACAAGAUCCACUUCAAUGGAAUCAUUGCCCAGUUGUUGGACCAUUGGUUAUGUCAACGACUUUUCGGCAAGAUGAUGCUGCUGAACAUCGUGGAUAUGAGUACGGCAGAAGUGGAAACCCAACUCGCAACAUGUUGGAGACAUGCCUCGCUGCAAUUGAAAAUGGCAAGCAUGCGCUGACCUUUGCAUCAGGUCUGGGUGCUAAUACAGCACUGGGAGCUUUAUUGGAAUCUGGAGACCACAUCCUGAGCGUCGACGAUGUCUACGGUGGCACCAGCCGUUAUUUCAGAACCUGUCUUUCAAGAAAUAAGAUUGAUAUCACGUUCGCCGAUGGUACGAAUGUUAAAAAUUUCGUCAACUCUAUUAAAGAGAACACGAAGAUGGUAUGGAUUGAAACACCAACAAACCCGUUGCUUAAGAUCAUUGAUAUCCGUGCUAUUGUUGACGCUGUGAAAGCUAUUAGACCAGAUAUCAUUGUCGUAGUUGAUAACACUUUCCUCACUUGUUAUUUCCAAAAACCGCUAGAAUUAGGAGCUGACUGUGUUUUGUACUCGUUGACGAAAUAUAUGAAUGGACAUUCGGAUAUUGUAAUGGGUGCAAUUAUUGUCCGGAGCGAUGAACUUGAAAAACGAUUGCGUUUUCUUCAAAAUGCACUUGGAAUUGUACCAUCACCAUUUGAUUGCUCACAAGUAAGCCGAAGCUUAAAGACCCUGGAAGUAAGAAUGAAACAACACAUGAUAGGCGGAUUAGCAGUGGCUGAAUUUCUGGAAUCACAUCCUCAAGUCAUCCGAGUAUUUCAUCCUCUUUUACCAUCACACCCACAAUAUGAAAUAGCGAAGAAACAAAUGUCAGGACACAGUGGUAUGGUGACGUUUUACUUAAAAGGCGACUCGCGUAAAUUCCUUAAAGCAUUAAAAAUAUUCAUGAUAGCCGAGUCACUUGGCGGGUAUGAGUCUCUCGCGGAAUUGCCGUCAGUAAUGACACACGCUUCACUGACGCAAGAAGCGAGAGAUGAAUUGGGUAUCAACGACCAGCUGAUUCGUCUAUCAGUCGGACUAGAAACCCAGAGUGACUUGAUAGCCGAUUUGGAACAAGCAUUGAAAGCUUCUCAGUUAGCGAGAGCUGCAGAGACAAACAAAAAUGAGUAA